AUGGUUGGUUCUUUAAGCGUUGAGGAAAAGAAGCAGCUUAUCACCCGCAAUCUCCAAGAGACACUGGGCGAGGAUAAGCUGCAAAAAGUGCUGGCAGAGCGCGAUUUAAAGAUUUACUGGGGAACUGCUACCACAGGCAAGCCACAUGUUGCCUACUUUGUGCCUAUGUCCAAGAUAGCCGACUUUCUGAAAGCCGGCUGUGAAGUGACCAUACUGUUUGCUGAUUUGCACGCCUAUUUGGAUAACAUGAAGGCGCCCUGGUCGCUGCUGGAGCUGCGCACCAAAUACUACGAACAGGUCAUUAAGGCUAUGCUGAGUUCCAUUGGCGUGCCACUGGAUAAGCUAAAGUUUGUCAAGGGCAGCGACUAUCAGUUGUCCAAGGAGUACACACUAGAUGUCUACAAACUCAGCUCGCUGGUGACAAUACAUGAUGCCAAGAAGGCGGGUGCUGAAGUUGUUAAGCAGGUGGAAUAUCCACUGCUCUCUGGUUUGUUAUAUCCUGGCCUGCAAGGACUGGAUGAGGAGUACCUUAAGGUAGAUGCGCAGUUUGGUGGCGUAGAUCAGCGCAAGAUCUUUACAUUCUCCGAGAAGUAUUUGCCACAGCUGGGCUAUGAGAAGCGCAUUCACUUCAUGAAUCCCAUGGUCCCUGGCUUGGCUGGCGGCAAGAUGUCUUCCUCAGAAGAGGACUCCAAGAUUGAUUUGCUCGAUUCACCCGCCAACGUGAAGAAGAAGCUAAAGAAGGCCUUCUGUGAACCCGGCAAUAUUGCCGACAACGGUCUGCUCUCCUUUGUCAAGCAUGUGCUCUUCUCGCUCUUCAAGGAAGGAGAGGGCUUUGAGAUUCUACGUGCUCCUGACAAUGGCGGCGAUGUUACGUUCAACAACUUUGCCGACUUGGAGCAGUACUAUGCAGAUAACAAGCUGCAUCCAGGUGAUCUCAAGGCAUCAGUGGAGAAAUACAUUAAUCGCCUGCUGGAGCCAAUUCGCAAGACUUUUGAGUCACCAGAGCUGCAAAAACUUACCGCCGCUGCUUAUCCACCACCUGCCAAGGUCAAGGCUGGCGCAGCGCCGGCUGCUGCUGCUGCAGAUGAGAAUGCGCCACAUCGUCUGGAUAUACGCGUGGGCAAGGUUAUUGAGGUUGCACGUCAUCCAGAUGCAGAUACACUCUAUGUAUUAAAAAUUGACUUGGCAGAGGCGCAACCACGCACCAUCAUCAGUGGUCUGGUUAAGUUUGUUACAGUGGAGGAGCUGGAUCAGCGCCUGGUAGCUGUUUUGUGCAAUUUGAAGCCUUCCAAAAUGCGUGGCAUUUUAUCAGAAGGCAUGGUCUUGUGCACGUCCAACGCCGAUCAUACUGUUGUGGAACCGAUUAUUGUGCCGGCUGCAGCCAAGCCUGGUAGUCGCCUUGCUUUCGAUGGCUACAGUGGCACACCCGAUGAGCAGCUGAACCCCAAGAAGAAGGUCUGGGAGAAGCUUUCAGAAGACUUUAAAACCAAUGCUGAUGGUAUUGCUGUUUGGAAGGAUAAUUUCCUGUUGACUACUGAGGGCGAGCAGCUAACAAGCAAACUGGCAAACUGUGCUAUUAAAUAAUUUUCUUGUCCAGCCUACCUGAGCCGCGUAAUACUUAUAUAAUAAGAAGACAGCUGCUUGUUUAACGUUCGAAAUGCAUUUUUAA